AUGGCUCCUCCUCUUCCUCUGAUCUUUCUACUCAUGAUCGUUGGAGCUUUUGGAGCAGAGUGGAGUGUGAAGUACAACCAACAGGAAAUAUGUGCUUUAAAAGGAUCCACAGUUUUUAUGAACGGAACUUAUACUCAUCCAGAGCGUCUUACAGUGACAGAGACUUUUUGGGACAUAGAUCUAGUUCAGGGUGUGGAGCCGACUGAUUUGUCUGAAGACCCAGAUUAUUCAGGCAGAGUUGAGUGUUUAACUGAUGAACAGAAACACUUCUCCCUCAAACUGAGUGAUGUAAUGAAGAAGGAUGAACAUCAGUACUGUUUCAGAAUCAUAACAAAUGAAGAAAAAGAAAAAUGGGCAGCUACACCUGGAGUUCAGCUCAGAGUUACAGAGCUCCAUGUAGAAACUCCUGAAGAAGUGACAGAGGGAGAAACAGCAGAUCUGACAUGUAAAACCACCUGCAAUCUGACUGACCCAACAUUCAUCUGGUACAAAAAUGGACGUCCUUUAACCACAAAGACCAUCAAGAACAACCAGCUCCACCUGCAGACAGUCAGCAGUGAGGAUGCAGGCAGUUAUAGCUGUGCUGUAAGAGGACAUCAACUUAACUCUACUGCUCACAACCUCAGAGUCAGAUAUCCCCCAAAGAAUGUCUCAGUGUCCAUCAGUCCCUCUGGUGAAAUAGUGGAGGGCAGUUCAGUGACUCUGACCUGCAGCAGUGAUGCAAACCCACCUGUGAAGAACUACACCUGGUUUAAGGGAUCAACAUCAGUAGAAGAAGGAAAAUCCCACAACAUUCCCAAAAUCAGAUCUGAGGACAGUGGAGAAUACACAUGCCAGAGUCGUAAUGAACAUGGAGAGAGAAACUCCAACGCUGUGCAGAUUAAUGUUACAUAUCCUCCAAAGAAUGUCUCAGUGUCCAUCAGUCCCUCUGGUGAAAUAGUGGAGGGCAGUUCAGUGAACCUGACCUGCAGCAGUGAUGCAAACCCACCUGUGAAGAACUACACCUGGUUUAAGGGAUCAACAUCAGUAGGCAAAGAAAAAAAUUACAGCAUUCCCAACAUCAGAUCUGAGGACAGUGGAGAAUACACAUGCCAGAGUCGGAAUGAUCAUGGAGAGAGAAGAUCCACUGCUGUGCAGAUUAAUGUUACAUAUCCUCCAAAGAACAUCUCAGUGUCCAUCAGUCCCUCUGGUGAUAUAGUGGAGGGCAGUUCAGUGACUCUGACCUGCAGCAGUGAUGCAAACCCACCUGUGAAGAUCUACACCUGGUUUAAGGGAUCAACAUCAGUAGGAGAAGGAAAAACCUACAGCAUUCCCAACAUCAGAUCUGAGGACAGUGGAGAAUACACAUGCCAGGGUCGGAAUGAACAUGGAGAGAGAAACUCCACUGCUGUGCAGAUUAAUGUUGCAUAUUCUCCAAAGAAUGUCUCAGUGUCCAUCAGUCCUUCUGGUGAAAUAGUGGAGGGCAGUUCAGUGAAUCUGACCUGCAGCAGUGAUGCAAACCCACCUGUGAAGAUCUACACCUGGUUUAAAGAAGGUGGAACCUCACCUGUAGGCUCUGGACAGAAUUACAGCAUCAUCAACAUCACUGCUGACCACACUGGACUGUACUACUGUGAAGCUCAGAAUGACCUUGCAGCUCUGAAUGGAACUGUGAUGGAUGAUGUCCUCUACACCACCAUCACACACAGCACAUCCAGACCUGUACAGGCUGUUGCUUCUGCUGACUCUGGAGCUGAUGAUGGUCUGUAUGCUACAGUCAGUAUUCAGAAUGAUGAAGUGACCAGCACUGACCAGCAGGGGGAGCCGCAAUAUGCCAGUGUUACAUUCCACCACCACACUGCUGCCACUGGGAAAAAGAGGCAGGAUGGAACUACGGGCCAGCAAAACUAUGCGAAUGUGAAUCAAACAGGCCGUAACACACCUCCUCCUGGUGAUGACACAUCCAGUGUUCCUGAGAAGGCGACUGAUGCUAUUCCAUCCUGUAACUUCACCCUUUCUGCUCCCAGACCCUGCUGUGAUCCAUUCCAUGGUUUCAUCUUCUCGCACUUGCUUAAAGAGGCCCUGAUUGCUUGGUCAGGAGGAGGCUUCCUCACUGUAUUGCUGUUGUCUUUUGUGUACAUUUUGUAA